AUACGACCGCAGCACUCCGCAUGGAGCUCUUGACCAGCGUGAUUCUCCUCGGCAAGCGAGCAACCUGCAUAAAGACAAGCUCCUACCAGCUUCAACGUCAUGGAAAAGUCAAAAGCCAGCGACCCCGAGGAGGAGCAAUCAUUGAGUCGACCAGAGGCACCGCUGAUGGCACACGGAAAGAAACAGAUCCAGCAGGAUCAGCCAAAAUGGAGCUUUUCCCUCAAUUUGGCCUGCAUUGGAUCCUCAAUUGGAGCAGCCGUGCCCGUGGGCUAUUGCAUCGGGGUCAUGAACAGCCCCGCCGUGCACAUGCGCUCCUGGUGCAACGAAACUCUGAUUACACGCUAUGAUCUGCACCUGGCAGACUCUGGACUGGAGCUGCUCUGGUCGGCGGCCGUCUCCAUCUUUCUGGUGGGUGGGGCCAUCGGUUCAGUGACGGGCGCCUCGAUCGCCAACCGUUUUGGACGUCGCGGAUGCUUCUAUAUAUGCGGUUUGCUCCUCGCCCUCGGUGCCAUCUGCUUCGCUUUCUGCCGCUUGUGGGCCUCCGUGGAACUGCUGCUCCUGGGCCGACUGCUGGUGGGGCUGGCGGGGGGCCUGGUCACCGCCUUUAUGCCCAUGUACCACAGCGAACUGGCCGCCCUGUCCCAGAGAAGCACCCUGUCCCCGUGCUGUGCAAUGGGCCUCACCGCAGGCGUGGUCGUGGCCCAGGUAUGCAGCCUCCAGUCGCUGUUCGGGGGGCCAGACCGAUGGCACAUUGCCUUGGCCUCUUAUGGCCUCCUCGUAGUGUUCUGCUACGCGCCAUUCAGGUGGUACCCCGAGAGCCCCAAAUGGCUGUACAUAGUCAAGGGUCGGAAGAAGGAGGCCAGGCAACAGCUCCAACAGUUGCGGGGCUUUUCCCCGGACAGCGAGGCACUGCAGGCGGAGCUCGACGAAAUGGAGCUGGAAGCAUCGGCCAAGGUGGAGGCCAGUGGACUCGUGGAGGUGUUGCGUAAUCCCCGGCUGCGCCUUCCACUCAUCAUUGUCUGCGCCUUUCUGGGGGGUCAGCAGCUGUCGGGUAUCAAUGCGAUAUUCUUCUACUCUGUGUCCAUAUUCCGCAAGGCGGGGUUGUCCACGCAGGCGGCAGAGUGGGCCAAUCUGGGCGCUGGAUCCCUCAAUCUGGCCACCUCGAUGGUGGGUCCGAUCUUGUUGGAGCGCGUCAAUCGCCGCCCGCUGAUGCUCUUCUCCACCUUCUUCUGCACCGUCUGCCUCUUUCUCUUCGCGAUGAUGCUCUACUUCAUUGAGAGCUUCAGCUGGUUUGCCAUGGGCUGCAUUGGCUGCAUCUUCCUGUACAUUUUCUUCUUCCAGUUUGGUCUCGGACCCAUUCCAUUCUUCAUAGGAGCAGAGCUGUUCGAGGUCUCUCCGCGUCCGGCUGCCAUGGCUUUCGGGAGUGUUGUCUACUGGCUGUGCAACUUCAUCAUAGGCAUGGCCUUUACCACGCUGCAGAAUGCCUGGGGCGCGUUGGUCUUCCUCCCAUUCUCUGCCACUUGCUUGCUGCUCUUUGGGCUGACCAAACGCUACUUGCCGGAGACCCGUGGCCGCGAUCCAUCCGAGGUGGCACCGCUCGUCGCUGACGGCUUUAAAUCAAAGGUCUUGCGCACUCGCACUGCGAGCCAAUCCUCUUCAUCUGGCUACACAGUUUCGACGCAGCCGCACAACAUGAUGGAGGUGGAAAGUGCCAGCUCUCUGGUGGAGCUCAAGAAACAGCCCAGGAGCCGUUGGACGGCUCUGCUCGUGUGGAGCACUGUGGGCAGCACCAUUGGCUCUGCCCUACCCUGCGGCUACUGCAUGGGCGUCAUCAACACUCCAGCUGUGCACAUGCGGUCCUGGUGCCAGGCCAUGCUCAAUGAGAACUAUGGCCUGGAAAUUUCCCCUGCAGCGCUGGACACUCUCUGGGCCCUCAUUGUGGCCAUCUAUCUGAUUGGCGGGGUCCUUGGCUCGGCCUGCGCUGGCUGGGCGGCUAACCGCUUCGGACGCCGCGGUUGCUUCCUAUUGAGCGGCGCGCUCCUCCUGCUGGCGGCUCUGAUGUUCGUCAGCUGUCGCUGGCUGCGGUCGGUGGAGCUGCUGCUGCUGGGUCGUCUGGUGGUGGGCCUGGGCGGGGGUCUGGUGAGCACUUGUCUGCCCAUGUACCACAGCGAGAUUGCGUCGCUGUCACAGCGCGGCACGCUGGGAGUCUGCUGCUCCGUGGGCUUCUCCAUCGGCAUGGUGGUGUCGCAGAUCUGCACCCUGCAGUCGCUCUUUGGCGGCGAGGAGCUCUGGCACAUUGCCCUCAGCUUCUACGUGGUCUUCAUGGCGGUGUGCUAUGCUCCUUUCCGCCUGUACGCGGAGAGCCCCAAGUGGCUGUACAUUGUGAAGGAGCGGCGCCAGGAGGCCAUCCAGAUGCUGAUACGGCUGCGCGGCUCUGACCUCGGCAUAGGGCAGGAGAUCCGCGCCAUGGACGACGAGGCCUCCGACAAGGGCACAACCCGCAGUCUGGGCGAAGUUCUCGGCGACCCACAGAUGCUGCUCCCCCUCGUCCUUCUCUGCGCGUACCAGGGAGGUCAGCAGUUGUCCGGAUGCUCAGCGAUCUUCUACUACUCCGUUUCCAUUUUUCGCAAUGGAGGGCUCUCGACGAGCGCCGCCGAGUGGAUGAAUCUGGCCGCUGGCAACGUCAAUCUGGCCACCUCGCUAAUGGGUCCUCUUCUCAUGGCCAAGUUCAACAGACGCACCCUUAUGCUGUUCUCCACGGCAUUUUGCGGCCUCCUCAUGUUCUCCUUUGGCUGGAUGGUCGAAUACACUGCCCAGAUACCAUGGCUCUCGUAUGGCACAAUGGCUAGCAUUUUCCUCUAUCUGAUCGCCUUCCAACUCGCCCUGGCUCCCAUGCCCUCGUUCAUUGGAGCGGAGAUGUUUGAGGUUCCCUCCCGCUCGGUGGCCCUGUCCAUUGGCAACCAGGUGGGCUGGGGAUGCAAUUUCCUCGUUGGCUUCCUGUUUCCCGCCAUGCACACACUCCUCGGGUCCUAUGUCUUUCUGGUAUUCGCCAUGUGCAGCUUCCUGGUCUUCCUGCUGACCAAAUUUUACCUGCCCGAGACGCGCGGCCGGGAGGUCUCCAAAGUGGCAGAGUUGGUGUCCAGAGGCUUUAGAAGUAAAGUCCUACAAUAAAGUUCAAUACAUAAAUAUUCAUAGUUAAGCAGGAAAA